AUGUUUUCACCUGCAAAUGUAGCCAAAUCCACACUACCUAACCAAUCACCACCCCCAAAUGCAUCAAUUUUCACCCAUACCUCCAACUUCCAUAUACCAAACUCUCUUAGCAACACAAUGCAUCCUCUUAAUAUGCUCAGCUGGUACAAACAUCCAAAGAUCCGAGAGAACUGGAAAGUAGUGCUUGGCUCACUUGCUUUGACUCUUAUAGGAUCCGCCCUUCUUUUGGCCGGUCUGUCAGUUGCAAUUACUUAUGCAGUUUCUCACAGCAUUGUCCUGUUUAUUGCUGGCUUCAUAUGCUUCAUCCCUGGAGUGUAUCAUGUGGUCUACAUUUAUUGCGCACUUCAGGGACGCAUGGGUUUCAGCCUUCUGUUCAUUAUCUAUCUAUUCUAUCGCAACAGAUUAAUAUCUAUUAACUAUUAUUUAUUAUCUAUCUAUCUCAGUCUGUCCAUUAUCUAUUCAUCUAUCUAUCUAUAUUAUCUAUCUAUCUAUCUAUCUAUCUAUCUCAGUCUGUCCAUUAUCUAUCUAUCUAUCUAUCUAUCUAUCUAUCUAUCUAUCUAUCUAUCUAUCUAUCUAUCUCAGUCUGUCCAUUAUCUAUCUAUCUAUCUAUCUAUCUAUCUAUCUAUCUAUCUAUCUAUCUAUCUAUCUUGUUGCGGUGGUGAAGAGCAGGAAGAGAAACCAUUAGAGCCUUAUGUAUGUACGGGCAAUUUUAUUGCCGACUAUGAGGAAUUGUGCCGAAGGAACGAUAUGAGUUACGUCCCUUGCAUUGUCCAACGGAUGAAGAUUCCUUUACAGACAGUUACGACUCCUGUGGAGACGAAGAAUGAGAAAACGAAAAACAAGGGUCCCGUCGAAGUCGAAACGGAACAUAGCGAUGAAAAUAAGGAGCCACUCCCUAAAACCUACAUCUUGAAUAGCAGCUAUGAGUAUUUCAAGCCAAGGAUUCAAGUUGAGAUGGAAAAUAAAGAAAAACCAGAGUGGAUUACAGAAAUCCACAUCCGAGGUUGGAAAAUGGCAAAUGAGUACUUGAAUAUCUUUCAGCAGUGUUGGCCUUACAUGGAGAAACUCAACACUCUCAAUCUUUGGAACACCGGCUUGGAUGGAAACUCCAUAACUUUAUUGGCAUCACUUUUACCAAAAUGUGCUAAUCUCAAGAAGCUGUUCUUGGAUGCCAUACAUGUAGAAGAAGAAAAUUAUGGAGAACUUUUGGGAAGAGACAGUCUAAUUGAGUAUGUAUCCUUUCGACACUGUCAGAUGACAAGCAAAGGAGCAGAGAGCAUCAGCAUAGCCCUUUCUGAUAAAGAGGCCAUAAAACUCACUUCCCUCAAUCUUUCAGGCAAUUUUAUAGGUGACCAAGGAGUCAAGCAUCUGGCUGAUGCUUUGCGAAUAAACAGAACACUUUUAGUUCUUGGAUUGAGUCACAACACCAUUGGGGAUACUGGAGCCAAGCAUCUUGCAGAAGUAAUUUCCAGAUUUCCACUGACCCAAACAGAAGUGGUGGAAAGGAGGAAGCUAAUUGCUGAAAAAGGGAACGAUGGCUUAAAACCCAUGUCGCCUCCAGUCAGCCGAAGAAGUGAAACUCGAGAAACAAAUGUUGCAGGAUCGAGAGGUACUCCAGUGAUUGAGAAAGAUAAAAGUGCAAAGAAAGGUCUCAAAAGUAAAAAGGAAGCAAAGACUGGGAAAGAAGGCACUGGUAGGGAUGAAGAAAAACUGAGUAAAGGCAAGAAGGAUCGUGAUGACAAAAGUGGUGGAGGUGGCGGUGCUGGCACAGGUGGCAGUGGCGGUGGAGGAGGUGGUGGCACAGGAGGUACCAAGAAAGGUGAAUCAUAUUUCUUUUUCAUUCUGCAUGCAUUUCUCUCCCUUUAUCAUUCUUUCAUUCUUUCUUUCAUUCAUUCAUUCAUUCUUUCAUUCAUUCAUUCUUUCUUUCUUUCUUUCUUUCAUUCAUUCAUUCAUUCAUUCUUUCUUUCUUUCUUUCUUUCAUUCAUUCUUUCUUUCAUUCAUUCUUUCUUUCUUUCAUUCAUUCUUUCUUUCUUUCAUUCAUUCUUUCUUUCUUUCAUUCUUUCUUUCUUUCUUUCAUUCUUUCUUUCUUUCUUUCUUUCAUUCUUUCUUUCUUUCUUUCUUUCUUUCAUUCUUUCUUUCUUUCAUUCUUUCUUUUUUUAUCUUGUUUUAUCUCUCUUUUUGCCAGGGCCAAAGGAAACUGAUCGUAAAAUCAUGAAAAAUAUGUUGGCUGGCAAAGGUGUUGCAAAAACUCCAGGGGAGGUUGAGAUCCAAAGUCCAACAGAACCUGUUUUCCCACUUUUGGAACAGGCAGAAUACAAUGAAGUUGACAAACAACUGUGGAUUCCUGGAAACAGGAUGCUGAAAUUAUUGGAUCUAUCUCGUAACCAGAUCACUUCUGUUGGGAUGAAAUAUUUUCUGAAUGCAAUGCAAUAUCAAGUGGAACUUAGUCAAGAUCAAGCGUACAAUUUCUUUCCAGGCCUCUUGAAACUAAAAUUGAAGAAGAAUGAAGUUUCCGAAGACUGUGAAUAUAUCAAGGAACUCAAUAAAUUGAUGCAGACGCGAGACCCAUUCCCGAAAUUAAACAAAGAUGAAGUGUAG